UCGACACAAUUAUUCCAGAAUUUGUAUUUGUUAUACGAAUGCCAGUUUUUAGUGAGAUCUGGAAAAUUGUGUUAAAAGACCAGUCAUAUUAGAGUUUAUGUGGCAUUGACUACACAAUGAGCAGUAAUAUAUGCUACACACUGUUUUUUGUAUUGUUAACAUUUAGUGGAAAUCUAGCUGAUGAUAUUGAUGAUGGUGUUACGGUAGAAACAGUCGAAGACAACUCUUCGCUUGAUAUACCUUAUGAGAGCCCGAAAAUAUCCGAUCCAACACCGGUCUACUUCGCGGAACAUUUUGAUGACCCCGCGAGGUUCGAGAAGCUGUGGAUAAAAUCUCAGGCUAAGAAAGAAGGUUUGGAGGAGGACAUAGCAAAGUACGAUGGAAUAUGGGCUCUUGAACCUUCUCAGAAGGAUAACCUUCCAGGCGACAGGGGAUUGGUACUUAAAUCCAAGGCUAAACAUGCCGCUAUCGCUUCGAACUUACUGAAACCUUUCGUCUUUGAUAAAAAACCGUUGAUCGUGCAGUACGAGGUCUUACUGCAAGACGGCCAGGAGUGUGGAGGUGCUUAUUUGAAGUUGUUGAGCGAGAGCAAGGAAACUAAAAAUCUCAACAGCUUUCACGACAAGACGCCUUACACGAUCAUGUUCGGGCCGGAUAAGUGUGGCAACGAUCACAAAUUACAUUUCAUAUUCAGGCAUAAGAACCCUCGUAACGGUACCAUCGAGGAAAAACACUGUCAGAAGCCCAAGGAGAGGCUGGAGGAGAUCUUUUCUGAUAAAUUACCUCAUCUUUAUACGCUCGCCUUAAAUCCAGAUAGCACCUUCGAAAUAUCCGUCGAUAAGAAUGUUGUUAAUUCGGGAAGCUUACUGGAGGACUUCGUGCCUCCUGUCAAUCCCGCGCGGGAAAUUGAUGAUCCCAACGACAAGAAACCUGAGGAUUGGGACGAGAGAGAGAAAAUUCCAGAUCCGGACGCCAAGAAGCCCGACGACUGGGACGAAGACGCGCCGGCCCAGGUGAUCGACGAGACGGCCGUCAUGCCCGACGGAUGGCUAGAGAACGAGCCCACUCACAUUCCGGACCCGAACGCUGUAAAACCGGAAGAUUGGGAUUCCGAUAUGGACGGGGAAUGGGAGCCGCCGCUGAUCGAGAAUCCUGUCUGCGAAACUGCACCGGGGUGCGGACCUUGGGAGCCCCCGUUGGUAAAUAAUCCCGCGUUCAAAGGCAAGUGGCGGCCGCCCAUGAUCGACAAUCCCAAUUACAAAGGCAAGUGGAGGCCGAGGAAGAUUGCGAAUCCGGAGUUCUUUGAGGACAGGGAGCCCUUUAAGAUGCAUACGGUGUCGGCUGUUGGUUUCGAACUGUGGUCUAUGUCGAAGGACAUCCUCUUCGACAACAUAAUCAUCACCGACGAGAUUGCAGUUGCCGAGAAGUGGGCGGCCGAUACGUUCGACAAGAAACGUCAGAAGAUCGCCAAGGACUCGGAGAGCUUAAUCCAGAAACUAGCAAACUUAACGAACGACUACCCAAUUCUGUGGGGAGUGUACAUCCUCGUCCUUGCAAUACCCGUAGUAUUCGUCUUGUACGUCUUCUGCCGACCCAGCUCCCCGGCUAGUCAAACCCAGGAGAAAGAGGAGCUCAACGAGGCGGCAGAGAAGAAAAAGACUGACGAAGCGACCGAAGACGUAGAAGAGGAGAAUAACGAGGCGGAGGCCGAAGCGGAGCCCGAGGUGAACGACGAGGAGGACGCGGAGAAGAAUUCCGAGCCGGAUUCCGAGGAAGACAAUGAAACCGUCGAGGAGAAAGACGCGACGGAGAGCAAGGCGUCCGGAGACGGUACGAGGAAAAGGAAGGUCCGCAAGGACUAAGAGUCUCCAGCACCGCACUAGUACCAUUUUUGUGAGUCUGCAUCUAUUUAUUGUUUAGCUAACGUGUAGUAUUUUCCUUGCGAGCAGGGUCUGAUUUGUUUAAUCGUUGAAAGAUAUUUGUAUUUAACUUAUAAGAACUAGUAAUCGUAGCUGGGAAAUUCCGAGAAACUGGUUUUUGUACAUAUUUUGUGUAGCGUUUAGUUUAAGAUCUUUUCCAUGCAUAUUUUGUAAACAGGACCAGAAAUUUUUAGUUCUAUCCGAGCUAAAAUAAAAUUUUAAACUAC